AUGCUGUCGGGAUCAAGUUUCAAGAUCUUCUUUCUCAAUUACUACAAAUGGACUGGGUUCUUGCGUAGGUGUAGAAUACCGUAAACAUCAUUUUUUAGCUAUUCGCAACAUUGGCGCGGCCAGAUCAUUUCUUGGCGCUGCCAUAUGGAUACUGAUAUUGGUCGCCACAACAUCCGCGUUUUUAUUUCAAUCAGCGGUUGUGAUUCGCGAGUAUUUGCGGUUCCCCAAGAACACAAUCACUGAGGUAAUAGUGGUCAUCUUGAGUCGUGUUAAAUUGCAGUUUCGCCAUGAACCCGCCCAGCCAUUUCCGGCCGUUUCGGUUUGCUCGUUGAACCCUUUCAAGUACAGUAAAGUCGCAGUGUCUGAUGACUUGAACUCUUUGGUAAGAGCGGGAAAAUUCGCAGCAAAGAAAGUCUUAUGUGUUUCUUGGGACUUAUGAAUCUUGACGUGUUCAGAAAAUGUGUCACGAUGACAGCCGUUUCUAACGUUCCAUUGGUUCAAAACUUUUGCAAUGCGAGGAUUUUCUAGGGUUUUUCCGCGGCGAGAAUCUCUGCAAUGACCGAGUUUCCUUGACGGGAACUAAAAAAUGCUUGCUAGCUAGUAUGUAAGAGAAUCUUAGCAGCUAAUUAAAGGAGAUCCUAGACCAGUUUUUUGCGCUCUUUCCAAUGGUAUAUGUUUCAAGAAGAAACCAGGAGACAAGGUUUUGCGGAGCCCUUGUUAGGAGUACACUAAUAUACAGUCGUUGUUUAUAAAGGUAUUUUAUACAGUUGUCAUCGGGACACAUUUUCUGGACACACAAAGCUUUAUAUAAGUCCUGAGGCUUAUAUGUCUGAUAAGUGAAGUCUUUUUUUUGGCAUUCAAAUCUUUGCCUUUUAUCAAAGGCCUUCCUUAUAAACGUUAUUUGCAGAUGAUGGCUUACUUAUACACUAAUGCGGAGAAAAAAGAAAAUCUGGCGCACAAUCAGGAAAGCACCAAUGACGACUCGAUUAUUCGACGAAAACGGCAAAGCACUUCAACCAAGACCUACCCCUUGAAAUGCGGGAAAACCAUGACAAUUGUGGAGGGAGAUAGCACUGACACCGUCACAUUAGGCAAGUUGCACAUUACUUUCCCGACAGCAAGAUAUAUGUGAAUCUAGGCAACACCACUGCCUCUAUUCCUCCUCGGAGAGACACGGCUUGGCGAACGAACGCGGUGGUGUUGUUGAACAACUGCAUCUUCAACUGGUUCUUUGAGCCCAAAAUCGACAUGUCGACUUGGACUAUCGUCGACUUGCUGCAAGAUAUUGCCGCGUGUGUGCCUUACAAAGAGUUUACAGCAAUGAAUUUUUCCGACCCUAACACGGUAGCGUAGUACACAUUCUAAAACUUGAUUCUUUUACAGUGACGGACUUUUUCCAAUGGCAAAAAAUCUAGCAUUUUGCAUCCGGGAAGUAUCAAAAAUGUGGCAAAAUGCCUCACUCUCCAACUAAAAAACUCCGCUUUGAAGGGCUUCCCUCACAAAAAGAGCGGCCACGCUUUUGAAAUCGGAGUUUUUCACUUGAGGAUGGAGGUAUUUUGUCACGUUUUAUGAUACUUCCCGGAUGCAAAAUGGUACGUUUUUUGCUCCUGGAUCCACUGUAAAAGAAUCGGUUUUUAGAAUGUGGUGGCCAACUUCAUCUACAUCAAAGCGACCACCUGGGGAAAAGUGCAAAACUAUGACUACAGGACCGCCGUGGACUCGAAAGCGGAGGGAGAGCAGGACCAUAUGGUGUAUUCUGUUAUGAAUACCACUGCUCCAUACUCGUACAGUGGCCUUAUUGAAGGUAAGAUCGGGCCAACAUUGGCAUAUGUACAGGGUCUUUUAAGAAACGUGAAGGAAAGUAGGAGGCCAUAACUUUCGGCGGAGACGUUGCAGAGGGCUCUUUUUUGAAAGAUGUAUUUUUAAGCGACAUUCUGUCAAAUUUAUGUCAAAUCUGUUUCUUUAUGUAUUUAUAUUACAGUGGCAGACUUGAUCCAGUGGCAAAAACGUACCAUUUUGCAUCAGCGAAGUAUCAAAAAAUGUGGCAAAAUGCCUCCCUCUCCAAGUCAAAAAACUGCGAUUUCAAGAGCGCUCUUUUUGUGAAGGAAAGGACGCGCCUUUCAAAACGGAGCUUUUUCACUUGUAAAGGGAGGCAUUUUGCCACAUUUUAAUGCUUCCCGGAUACAAAAGUGAACGUUUUUUGCCGUCAAUGCAGAUCUAAUUGUGAGAAAAAAUUAUUCUAAAUUUGUGUCAAGUUUCAUCAAAAUAUGAGCGGCCCACAUGAGGUACUUCUCUCGAAAAGUAAAAUGAACCUCCGUGCAACGAAACCCUUCCAAAACGAAUGAUUUUUUUUGGUCUUUGCGACUCGUUGUGCGAAGAUCUAACCCUUAUUUUUUCAGUAUGCGGGCUAGGCUCCAAGAAAUGGAAGUUCGAGGGUGUUUACACUGCCUACCUGUACAACGACUUUGCGACAAUGGCGAACCAAAGGUUUUGCAACAACACCAUCUCCCCGCAAUGCACCUUGGACUGCAACACGACAUAUGAUUUGUGUCAACAAAUGUGUCAGCUUCAGACAGUUGCAAGUUAUGCGGACGAAGUUCUACAUGCCGAAUCAGUGAAUAGGGAGGCGGUUUGUGAGGAGUUCAGCUCAACAAUGGAGCCUUCAACUGCGAAGUUUGAUACAACGAGUGAGAGCAGGAGCAGUGAUGGAGGGAGUGAAGUAAGUGAACACGGACAAAGUAAAGUUUCUGCAGAAGGAACUCCCAUUUAGCGGAACUUGUAUAAUAUGUAUAUCAGUCUGUCGGGAAAAUAAUGAGCGCCUUGUCGCUGCGCCUAUAGCGUCGCUGAAGUAAAAAGCAGUUUGAUUUUGCCAAAACACAGUUCAUUUUCUGAUACGAUUUUCAAUGCGACAGAGUGCUCAUUAUUUUCCCAACACACUCAGGUAAUAGCGGAAUUUGUCUAUAACAACCAAUUUGACAGGUGAUAAGAGUCUAUGCAAAAUGAGCCUUUGUUGGAGUACCCCUACAGUGGGGGACCUGAUCCAGUGGUAAAAAACGUACCAUUUUGCAUCCAGGAAGCAUCAAAAAAUGUGGCAAAACACCUCCUUCUCCAAGCGAAAAAACUCAGACUUCAAAAGUGCGCCCGCUCUCUUUGUGAGAAAAAAGGGCGCGCCCUUCAAAAUGAAGUUUUUUCACUUGAAGAGGGAAGCAUUUUGCUACAUUUUUUGAUGCUUCCCGGUUGCAAAGUGGUACGUUUUUUUCCACUGGAUCAGGUCCCCACUGUACUUUCCCUAGUCACCGAACAUAAGCUGAGCAUCAAGAAUGAAUGAAAUUAUUCCCGAAAAGACCCCCUUUUAUAUGAUGAACCUACGGCAACACAAAUGAAAAGGCAACUUGCAUAUAUAGGCACGGAAUAAUAUUGGGUGGCGGUUGAGGUCAAAUCGGUUUUUUCUAUAACCUUUUUACAACAAGCCUUUAUAAUAACGAACUUUUUGUUGGCCCUUGCGGUUUGGUUCUACCAAUUUUUGACUCUACUGAAUACCUUUUCAGACAUCUUCUGAAUAUCCCAGCACGGCGGUUGAAGCUAGUACAACGGUUGAGACAAGCGCAACAAGCAAAGAUUCCACGACAGAAGAUGUUACAACCACCGCGGAACUGGAAACGUCGACUCAACUUUCGACGCUUCAACAACUCGACACUUCAACGACAAUCGACGAAAAAACGACAUUCCAGACAGCAGAGGCACAAGUGGAGAGCACAACAGAUUCAAAUUCCCUUUCAACUACAGAUCUGGAAGGGUCAAGUCAAGCUUUGACCUCUGAAGAAGAUAGCGUCACUUCAACGGCAAUCUAUGAACAAACAACGCAAUCAAAGUAUGACAGUACUGUAACGAUGGAUCUUCUUUCUACAACCAAGUUUAUGGAGUCUACACUAGCUGAGGCAAGCUCCAGUAUCGGCGAUGAAAAGACAAUCAAAGAUCUUUCAUCUUCAACAGAACCUGCGACAAGUUCAGGCGAUUAUCUUACCGGACACACAAUGAGAACCUCAACGGACAAUGUUGAGGCAUCUACAGCAGCAGACGAGGCUCCGACAACAGAAAGAAAUGAACUGGUCACAGAAGAAACUAAAAAAAUUUCAUCAAUUGCAGUUAUUACCACAGAAGACGCAGCUAUGCAAAGUACGACGUCAAAGGUGACAAAAGAAGAACCUUCAAGCAAUCCUCAAAUCACAACGUUGCAGCAAAAUCCUAAUGAAUUAACAACUGCCACAGAAGGAGCAACAAAACCCAGUGCAAUGUCAUCUUCUUCGACAGUAUCAUUAACUUCUGAAAACCUCUCAAGUUCCAGCACCAAUAAAUCACCUUUAACAGCUAUAAGUCCAUCCACAACCGUUGGAGAUUCAGCGGAGACAACAGCAAUGAUAGGCACACAAUCUACUACUGCUACCACUAUGAUAACGGGAAUUACCACGGCUUGGAGUACUAUGGCGACAGGCCCGGCAAUUCUUACUACUUCAGCAAUUUCAACGGACGUUUUGUCGACAACGAUCAAUACUAUGACAACAACAGUUCCAACUACCACGAACAGCUUGAUAACAAGAGGCUUAGAGCUAACAACAACAAAGCCAACAUCAGCUACAACCAUGAUAACAAAGGCUGUUACAAUCAACACGACUUCAAUUAGCUUGCAGACAACGCUGCAAACGAAUAGAUCAAGUUCCAGCCUCUCGCUGAUGACAACUCUUAUGACCCUAAUUACCACGGCUACGACGAAUCCGCCUACGGUUGCGAAGAGUUCAAGCAGUUUUUCAACGACGAUUAUUACGUCUACAAUCCCUUCAAAAGACCAGAACAAUGUCUUUACAUUGACAUCAACAGAGUUUCCAUUGGAGUUCACAAAGACACCAGCAACCUCAACGACAGAUCACAGCGUUGUAGACUCUACGAAGGCAACCAGAGCCGUGACCGCAGACACUACUAG